UAGAAAUGACGGUUGUGGUUUGGUGCUUCUGUCCACGUAGAUGUUACUAGGAGUGUAAAGGGACCGGGACAGUGUGAAAAUCAGGCCGCUGUUACUGCGGCGGAGGGAUACACGACCGACGAGUUGAGGCUGUGAUAAUGCUAGGUUGCUAUGCUAAACCCACAAAUCUAGACAGUGUCAGAGCCAUGCCGGUCCCAGCCACGGACGGGCCUGCGGUCGACCACCAGAAACGCUUUCAGGCAGCUGUGGACGUCAUUCAGAACCUUCCUAAAAAUGGCUUGUACAGUCCUUCCUAUGAGGUGAUGCUGCGUUUCUACAGUCUGUACAAACAGGCCGUGUGUGGAACGUGCAAGGCUCCUCGCCCCGGGUUUUGGGACCCAGUAGGACGAUACAAAUGGGAUGCGUGGAGUCGUCUGGGAGCGAUGAGCAGCGAGAGCGCCAUGACAGCGUACGUGGAGGAAAUGAAGAAAGUGGCCCAGGAGGUCAUCGACACCAUGCCCAUGAACGAGAAGACGGCCUCACUCUUACACCACUUUGAGCCUCUUUACCUGGUCAUUGAUGACAUGCCUCGUCCUCCACAGACACUACUGACACUUAGAGAAGGUCUGAAAUCUGACCGAUCUGCACAGAUGAAGAAGGAUGAAGAGGAACAGCAGCAACUGGGGGAGGAAGAGGAGGAGGAGGCACAGACAGGAGCUUCUACUCCUCCAGGAGACCAGGAGAUGAAAACAGCUGAAGUGAUGGAGGUGACUGCAGAGCCUGUCCACCAGGAUUCUGGAGUGUCCGAGUGUUUGGCUCUGACCAGUGACUCUGAGACGGAGAUCUUCUGUGACUCUGUGGACUCAGUGGAGCAGCUCAGCAGCAUCAGGGUUCCUGCGGUAAAGUCCAACGGUUUUCCCAACGGUCAGGUGCUGUUGGAGUCAUCUGGUCUACAGGAUGCCCGGCAGGUAGGAGCAGGUCAAGGAGGUGAAGGAGGGAGUGAUGGGAAAGGUCAGGGUCGGGUCAGCAGGAGGAGAGACGGUGGACGAGGAGAUCCACACCACGGCUGGAGAGAACGUGGUGUUCCUCAGGGUGGUCCCGGGUGGGGUGUUCCAGGAGGUGGUGGGGGUGGAGCUGGCCGAGGAGGAGGCGACGGCUCCGAGGGCGGAGUGGAGAGGCUCCACGACAUCCAGCUGCAGCAACAGAUCAUGGUGGCGCUAAGGAGACUCAGAGAAGACAUGAGGAGUGUGAUGGAGCGGCUGGAGGUGGUGGAGAGGCUGGCAGCCACACAUGUCGAUGGAUCGUGGGGAACGUGUCUUCAGUGUUCAGCUGCACGCCAGAAGGAGGACCGGUGGUGGCCUUUUGAUGUGUCUGCUCAGACGCUCCUCCUCUUCCUGGUGUGGCCCUUCGUAGCUCAAGGCGUGGUCACCAUGGUCCGAAAGGCUCAGAAGAGAAGUCGCUCCUUCUCCUGAUGCUGGAUAAUUCUCUGGUCGGAGUUAACUUCACUG